AUGGCUAACCGGCAAAUGACACGGCGCAUCGCCAUCAGCGCCGUGAUCUCGAUAUGCCUGGUCUUCUUCCUCUUCAUCCGCCCACAGGGCCCUCCUAGCCCCGCCGUCCGAGCCCCCGGGCACAUAUCCCACGGUGCGGCGCCCGCGUCCGGGAUCACCAUUCAGGAGGAUACACUGAAAGGGGCGGUAGUAAUGCCGAAAUUGGGCAAUGCCACGGCCAAAGCGGAACUAGGCCGUGCAACCUGGAAAUACUUUCAUACUGUCAUGGCGCGAUUCCCCGAGAAGCCUACGGAAGACCAGCAAGAAGCGCUGCGCUCUUACAUUUUCCUUUUCGCGCGACUAUAUCCUUGUGGUGAAUGCGCGGAGCAUUUCCAACAACACUUGAACAAAUACCCGCCCCAGGUAUCAUCGCGCAAAGCCGCGGCCGGAUGGGCCUGUUUCAUCCACAACGAGGUCAAUGCGAUGCUCGAAAAACCGGAAUUCGAUUGCACCAAUCUUGGCGCAUUCUACGACUGCGGCUGUGCCGAAGAUGAGAAUGCGGAGAAAGGUGGUGAGGAAAGUAAGAGUAAGGAGGGACACUCGGCAACGAGCCGGGGCGAUGGGAAGCAGGAUCCGGCUGAUCUGCAUGAUCACCUGGCGGUGGAGAUCUCGAAAGAAGAGUGA